AUGUGUAGUUUGCUCAUAUCCGCAAACAUUGAUGUCGACAUAAACAACACGACGUCAGAGGUCACCACAGCUCCAAAAAAACUCGGUCGCCUGCGCGAUGGCGGGCGAGAGAGCGAAGAGAACGCGGAGGUCCAGACGACAGAGUCAUCGAUCCGAUUGGCCGACCGAACUGUUUCUCGAGCCCGCGAACCGAGUACGCGUUGACGGUGUAUACACGGCGCGGUCAGAUGCGCGGUCCCAAGCUCUAUAAAAGGACCUUCCUGGUCGUUCAUCCUCAGUUCUCGCUCUUCUUUCCUCCUUGUUCAAUGGUCCGAUGGUCGUCACCUCUUCAUAUCCGCUCCUUUCAAGUCUCUGCUCGGUUUUUCGAUCAGUACCAAUGCCCUUACAUGAUUUUAUUAUCUAGAAAACCUUUGUUUCCUCUUUCAAAAUUCAAAAAGCACUCGAUUAUUAAUUUUUUGCUCGCAACUUUUUUCCUCGUGAUAGUUUUCGGCUCCAAACGCGAUGUUUUCUUCCUAAUGUUCGUUUUUGCUGGUUAUUCACUUCUAAUAGUUUAUUAUUUCAGACAUUUCGCACCAUGUCAAACCGCAUCCGGAGACCCGUGUCCAAUCCCAUUCUUUCCAAUAUUCCGAGGCCCAGGCCUACAAAUUUAAUUGAUGAAGUGCCCGUGCCGUUUUUUUUACGGAAGCGAGCCGCUAAAGCUGCGUUAUUGAAAAUCCACAAGCGAGCCGAGUUUGAAGGUAUUUUUCUGAUUUCAAGUAAAGAAAAUCAUUGCUCGUUUUCUAAUUCCUACUUUUAUGGUUUUAAAAGCGCUUUUUCUCAUUAUCAUCACCUAAACUAAUUCUUUUUCAGCGUUCCCGAGGUGCCGCAUCUGUGAAUCUGACCAUGGCCCCGACAUCUAGCCGUGCGAAUACGCCUGGAGGCCACAAACAAGCCGCAGCUCUGAAACCACAAUUCAAGGUACUUUUUUUUUGAAGAGAUACGAAAAUAUUAUAGAGUAUCCGUGAAAUCAGUAAAAUCCAAUUUCAAAGUUUUUUCUGGAUAACCUGAAAUUUUUUUUUUCCAAAGUUUUCAAAGUUGGUCAUUGAUUUUAGCAACAAAACAGUGAAAAAAACCUGCGUUGACAAUAACUACUCCGGAAAAUGACUUUAGAAAAAAAAAGAACUUGAAAGACAGAUUGGAGAAGUAAAAAAGAGUUCACCUUUUCAAUUAUUACAGAUCACUCCGGCUAUGGAUCGAAAACUCGGAAUUGAAGCUAUCAAAAGGCGAGCUGCGGAAACGCAACGCAUCCUAGAAGAGAGGAAGGCAAUUCGCAAGUUGUCGGAAAGCCGUACCAAGACGGAAGAACCUCCUUCCAAGUUCCGCGAUUUCUCUGAACAAAGUGCGCCUUCGAUCCAUGGCACACACAAACCUAAGAAGACUCACCGGCAAGAACGAGGUCGUGCAGCCAAGGAAGACAUGGAAACAAGAAGGGAAGAGAAGAAUUUGAAGAUGUGAGUUAAAUUUGAUAAUUCAAACGAAAAUAUGAUUGGCAUUUCCAGGCAAAACUCUCCGUCUGAUGCUUUGCUCUUCUCCAUUCCACCACACAAGAAGUAAGACGAAACGUACCAAACCCCUAAAGAUAGGCGCCAAGCACGCCAGAGAUCCUUGUUGAAAUUUUUGCUUUGGUGAGAUUCAAACUACAUAUGUCAUCUUAUAACUUUUUUUCAGGGCACACGUGGAAACUCCAAGCAAGCGAUGCGACAACCCUGUAAUUUUUUUUCUGUAAAUUGUUUUUUCUACUGUGUUCAAACUUUUUGUCAUCUGUGAAAUUUACUUCUGUUAUUUCUUGAGAAUCCUCACAACCCAAAUUUUCUUGUAAUUUAUUAAUACUUAUUUUUCCAGCAUCUACCAUCCUUUUACUCCAUUUCUUAGAAUUUAAUCCAUCUCUCAAUUUUAAAUCCAGUUCUUUUCCCGGAUUCCAAAUCCCCGUUGUAACCCAUUAAUAGUUCCAUGUAUUUUGCUUUACAAGAAAUGAAUAUCGCAAAAUUAAAUCGCAUUUUUUUUUUGUUCAAACAGGAAAGUUGGUGGGAAUUAGUGUGCUGGCCAAUUUUAAAAGAAAUCGUAACCGGAAAGUUGAAUAAUCUUCCGGGUUAACAGAUGAUUUUUUUCGUUUUCAAGAACUCACACCUAGGACCGCUAACCACAGAAAGUUGAACCAUUACUGUAAUGCUCACCUCACAAACUUCCUCGUGAGAAUUUCAGUAGCGGUUAACGAUUUAGGCCAGUUCCUGACUUUUAACCAUAGAAAACCUGAAGUCACAGAUCAUAAGAUUGAACCUUUCCAUAUAAAGAAACUUCAUUUUGAAGUGAUAAAAUUGAUGAAAGUACCAUAAAUAGUUUACUUGAAGUCUCUAGUUAUUUUUGCACAAAACGACGAAACAGGAGCCUUUGAUUGAUCAAUAACAGUUUUUGUCUUAAAAUAAUGAAUUUUUUUUCCAUUAUUCAAAUUCCAUCUGAAAAUGUGUAGUUUGCUCAUAUCCGCAACAUUGAUGUCGACAUAAACAACACGACGUCAGAGGUCACUCACAGCUCCAAAAAACUCGGUCGCCUGCGCGAUGGCGGGCGAGAGAGCGAAGAGAGCGCGGAGGUCCAGACGACAGAGUCAUCGAUUCGAUUGGCGAACCGAACUGUUUCUCGAGCCCGCGAACCGAGUACGCGUUGACGGUGUAUACACGGCGCGGUCAGAUGCGCGGUCCCUAGCCCUAUAAAAGGACCUUCCUGGUCGUUCAUCCUCAGUUCUCGCUCUUCUUUCCUCCUUGUUCAAUGGUCCGACGGCCGCUACUUCUUCACAUUCGCUUUUCUCAAUCUUUUGAUUUGUUUUUCGAUUAAUUCCAAAGCCCUUACAUGGUUUUAUAUUCCCUCGGUAACUUUUUUUCACAAUUCAAAAAGUUUUCGGUUAACAGUAUUUGUUCGCAACUUUUUUCCUCGUGAUAUUUUUCGGUUCCAAACGCGUUUGUUUAUUCCUAAUACUCGUUUUUGCUGGUUAUUCACUUCUAAACGUUUAUUAUUUCAGACAUUUCGCACCAUGUCCAACCGCAUCCUGAGACCCGUGUCCAAUCCCAUUCUGUCCAAUAUUCCGAGACCGAGGCCUGCAAAUUUAUUAGACGAACUGCCCGUGCCUUCUUUUCUUCAGAAGAGAGCUGCAGGAGCCGCGUUUUCUACGUCAACCAGCGAGCCAAGUUCAAAGGUACUCUUUUGAUUUCAUUGUAAGCUGACUCGAGAAGAUCUGUAGUCAUUGCUUUUUUUCUAUUUCCUACUUUUAUGGUUUUAAAAGCCUUUUUUCUCAUUGUAACCACUUUAAUUUCUUUUUCAGCGUCCCCGAAGUACCGCAUCUGAGAAGCUGACCAUGGCCCCGACAUCUAGCCGUGCAAAUAAGUCUGGAGGCCGGAAAAAAACCGCAGCUCUGAAACCACAAUUCAAGGUACUGAAGAGAUACUAAAAAUAUUAUAGAGUAUCCGUGAAAUCAGUCAAAUCUAAUUUCGAAGUUUUUUUCUGGAGAACCUGAAAUUUUUCUUUUUUUCCAAAGUUUUUCAAAGUUGGUCAUUGAUUUUUAGCAACAAAACAGAAAAAAACGAAACCUGCGUUGACAAUACUUAUUCGAAAAAAAUGGUUUAGAAAGAAAUAGAAAACGAAAAAAAGAUUAAUGGAUUUAAAAAAAGUUUACUUUUUUUCAAAUUGUUUACAGAUUACCCCGGCUAUGGAUCGAAAAACUCGAAAUGGAAGCGAUCAAGAGACGCGCUGCGGAAACGCGACGCGUUCUUGAAGAGAAAAAGCUCCUUCGCGAAGAGUUGGAAAGCCGCGGCAAAAAGACGGACGAGUGAGUUGAAUUUGAUUAGAAAUCAGAAAUACUUCCAUUUUUUUUUUAGGAAAGAAGAGGUCGAGCAAAACGACCCCCUGAGAAAGUUGCCGCACGAAUCAUUGUCUUCCUGGCUUUUGAGAUUGCGGUUCAAUGUGCCGCUAUCGGAAGUCGAAAAAAUGGCUAAUACCAACUCUGCUUCUGGCAUCGCAGCAAGGACUUUUCUCCGCCAACAAGAUGCCGUUCCUUCUCUGACACGCGCUCGUGACGUCGAGAAGUCUUCUUCUCGUAAAGCCAACGACGGUGCUCAGCGACAUCGCGAAGGUUCUUCUCGUGACGUCGCCUCUAAGAGGUCUUCCUCUCGUAAAGACGACAAUUCCGCUUCGCGACAUCGCGAAGGCUCUUCUCGUGACGUCAACUCCAAGAAGUCUUCCUCCCGUGAAGGCGACGACUCUGCUUCGCGACAUCGCGCCGCUUCUGCUCUUGACGUCGUCGCCAAGAAGUCUUCAUCCCGGGACGACAAGGCUUCAAAGUCGAAGUCUAAGGGAAAGGCAUCUGACUCGAAGAACGAAAAAGCACCAAAAUCCACGGCAAAGUCUUCGAAGAAGUCUUCUCGUUCUGAAUAACGCCAUCUUUUAUUUACACGGUAAUGUUUAACCUGUACUUUACCCGUAAAAAAACUCUUUUUUUCAGAAUCCUCGAGGAAGACGUCUUCUCAACCAUCCGCCAUCCCAUCCGACUUCCCUUCCUCAUUCAAUAUAUUUCCCGAUUGCUUGUAUCAAAUGACUUUCCAAGGACCGAUGUUUCCUACAUUUUCUUCAAUUGCAUCCUUAUUUUGGUCUCUUCUUCUUUUAAUAAGUUUUUUUUAAUUAGAUAUAUUCCGUACCUUUAACCUUGUGCCUUGUUUCUCCUACCCAGUGGCUUAUUUUUUUGUAAGUACGGUUUCCUUUCUCUUCUAACUACGGUUACCGUAUACUCCUACUUACGGUUACUUUCGAAAUUUCUUUCUUUAUCAUAUUUCUAGUUUUUUUCUAAUUAAAAUUCUCGGUGUUAAAAAAAUAUUUUUUUAUUUUUCUAUUUACUAUAGUAUUGCCCCAUUAUAUUUUUCCUCCCCUAUUAAAUUUUUUUAUUGCCCGAAACUGUUCUAAUCUACCGACCUCAUCCAAAAAUAAUUGUAAUAAUAUUAUGUCUCAACUGCAUCAAUCAAUUAUCCAAUGUUACUUAUGCCGCUACUCAGCAGUUUUACCGAUUUUUCUAAUAUUGCAUGCCUUAACGCGAUUUUUAUCCGAUUCACGUUUUACCCGAACAGUAUAAUAAUUCUAGUUGUAUAUAAAUGAUCUAGUAUCCACUUUUGUGUUUAUUCAAACAAGAAAGACAAUUACGAAUUUGUGGAACUUCGUGUGUUUCUGUAUUUGAUGGAAGCUGAAAAUAAGCUCUGGGUUAGGCUUCAAGAGAGUUUGAAAAAAAUUAGGAUUUAUUAUAGACCAAAGUGACUGAAAAAGUUUGGCUUGGCAUAAAAUUUCGAAUUUAAACUUAUUUUAGCCGUUCUCAAGAUGAGUUUAUCGAUUUUUUUUCAAGGAUGUAGUCAUUAUUAACUAUCCAGAUUUUUAUUCGUUCCAUGAGUGUUUAUUAAACCCUUUCAAAAGCUUUUUCCUAUCAGAAGAAAAUUGUGAAAGUGUGUAGUUUGCUAACAUCCGCAAUGUUGAUGUCGACAAAGUUAACGCGACUCUAACAUGGGGCGCAUAAAGAUUGCAACAACUAUUUUUCUAACCUACACUGUUUCGUCGUUUUCUUGCAGUAAGAUAACGACGAAAAAGUGUGUUUCAGAGAAAGAAGUUGUGGCAAUUUUCAUGCUCCUCAUGAAAGAGCGACGUCAGGUCAUUCGCUUUCGAAAAAGUUGGUUGCCCGCCCAAAUGACUCAGAUCCAGAAGAACGGGCGUCCUGAUUAUGAUGUUCAUGGGAAACUUUUGACAGGGUAUUCCGUUUCUUGGAAACGAAUGUAACUUUUCCCGGGCUUUGGAUUGGCGAAAAAGUUUUCGACUUGCUAGAUAUACACUUGCUAAACGAAUUAUUCCGUGUAUUUCCUUCACUCGAAGUGGUAGCUUUCUCAAUCGGCCGAGGCUGCCCUAGAGUGUACAUGGAAUCCGUGCCCGAGCCCCACCAUCACCGCCGUGCCCGUACCUGCGAAACUAAGGGGUCUACUUGUGCAAGAACGUGGCGAAGGACCGUGAGAACAUGCUUUCAAUCGACUUCACGUUUUGACUUCGUUAUCGCCAAAGGCGGUGUUAGUACCGCUCAAAAGAGCAAUUUUUCACCGUCUAGUCGAUUCCAUCUGACUAAAACAACCAAUAAAUAUUGAUUGAUGAUAAUGAUUGGAUAUUGCACAGAAAACUUUUUGAGAACAUUUCUGAUUUUCUAUGAAGAUUUGUCUUAUGGAGCCCGUCGUGAGGCUGACAUUUUCCAUUUUCAAUCCACCACCGAAGUUUUAGAAAUAUCAUAAAAUUUUACCAAGAACGCUACAUUUUUCCCAGUCUAUAAGCUUUUUCCCAAAACUUAUUAAAUGCACAGUUCAUAAAAUACCCCUUUCAUUAAAAAAAUCAAUUUUUGAGUGAAGGAAUUUCAUGAGAGCACCAUAAAUAGUUCAUUGAAAGUCUCUAGUUAUUUCUCCCAAAACUGACAAAAAGUGAGCCUUAAAUUAAUCCAAUAAAAUUCUUUCUGAAAAGAAUUACCCUUGAAAAAAAUUCUCAUCAAAAAAAAACGGUACGAAAGUGUGUAGUUUGCUCAUAUCCGCAAAAUUGAUGUCAUUCACACCUCCAAAAAAGUCGGUCGCCUGCGCAAUGGCGGACAAGAGAGCGAAGAGAACGCGGAGGUCCAGACGACAGAGUCAUCGAUCCGAUUGGCCGACCGAACUGUUUCUCGAGCCCGCGAACCGAUACGCGUGGACGGUGUAUACACGGCGCGGUCAGAUGCGCGGUCCCAAGCUCUAUAAAAGGACCUUCCUGGUCGUUCUUCUUCAUUUCUCGCUAUUCUCUCUUCCUUUUUCAAUGGUCCGAUGGUCGUCACCUCUUCAUAUUCACUCCCUUCAGAGUUCUGCUUUGUUUCUCGAACGAAACUCAAGCCGCUACAAACUUCCUUUUUGAUCAGAGCCGUUCAUAGUUUUAUAUUUAGAAAACCUUUGUGACCACUCUCCCACUUCAAAAUGAUUUUAGAUCCAAUAUUAUUUUUAUUGCCUGGGCCCAUUGAACUUUUUUUUGUCGAAUCUCUUAUUUCCUCUUGAUAUUUUUCGGUUAGGAUAACAGUUUUCCUUUGUUUUUCGCUCUCCAAUGUUAUAAACCACUGUUCUUUCAGAUCAGUUGUUCAAAUGACCAAAUUGCUCCAAAAAAGUCGGCCGUUUCGCUCACAAGGAAAUUCGGAAUUUCCUUAUUGUCUUCGCAACAAGUGUGCGCCGCCAUCGUCUAAAUCUAACAAACUCACUUCCAAGGUCUUCAUACUUUUCAUACAUUAAUUGUUUCCUUUUUUUCUUUCUUCAAAGUUCAACGCUUCCAAAAGCGCCUUUUUCUUCAUUUCUCAUUUUACCUUUUUUCAGCUUACACGCAAAGCGCCUGUCCGAGGAAUGGCUACCAAUCAUGUGACUAAAACGUCUCGUCGUUCAAAAGGCCGUGCAACCGGGACUACCCGCAGGACAGUUGCGAUGACGCGCCAGGCAUCGACGAUCACCCGCCAACUCCCUCACAAGGUAUCUUUUCACUUUAAACAGAGCUGAUUCGAAAAUAAAACGGUGAAAUCAGUAGAUUUCCUUUUCGGAACUGGUUUUUUUUUUGGAUAAAUACAGCCAGAAAAGGAAAAACAACUUGAACGACAAAAACAAUAAGCAGAAGCACUGGUUCAACUUCAAUUUAUUACAGAUCACUCCGCGGAAAUGCAAUCGGGAGGCAAACGAGAACAACUCUUCUCCUACUCGAGACGCCGUUUCCACGAGGUCUUCCUCCCGUACUGCUCCGCCAACUGUCCCAACUUCUGCCCAAAACGCCAUCUCCACAAAGACUUUGUCCCGCAGCAAAGAUGCCAUUGGUCCACUGACUCCCGCUGCUUCUGCGCGGAAAGUUGUUUCCAAGAAGGCUCCGACCCGCAACAUGAACACAACUGCUCCUACUGUGGACGUAAUCACCAAACGAAUUUUGUCCCGUCCAAAAGACGCCGUUGCCUCACGCACUCGCGCCGCUUCUUCCAGGGUCGUCAUCUCCACCAGUUCUUCCGCCCGUAGAAAAACCGCCGUUGCUCUGAAGUCUGAGCCGAAAAAGACGACAGUGUCGAAGACGACGGCAGCGUCUUCAAAGAAGCCCUCUCGUUUUUGAAAAAUUUUGGAUAAACGGUAAUUUUCAAUCUGUACUAGUCUCAUAAAAAUUCUUUUUUGCAGACGUUUGA